AUGACUACCCCAGACUCCGCAGCCGCAGAUGUGGCCGCCAAGCAGCGAAUCAUAAAGCACAUGAAUGCAGACCAUCACGACUCCAUUCGCCGAUACGUCGAGGCCUACGCUUCCAAAUCCAUGUUCCACAGCCGCUCAGCGCAGAUGGUCGAUAUUGAUUUAAAUCAAAUGGUCUUCAGCUGUGGCGGUCAACAAGCCGUCAUCGCCUUCGAUCCACCCAUGAAGGCUAUGCGCGAGGCCCGCGAGCGACUUGUACAGCUGGACAAGGAUGCUCUCCAGACACUGGGACGAAGCGACAUACCUAUCACGAAAUUUGUCCCAGCAUACACACACCCUGCGCAUCUGUGGAACUUUACGCAGUGUGUGUUGGCCAUGGUUUUACUACCGCGGCAGGCGAACUGGCAGCCUGGCUCUCUCCUCUAUGAUAACAUGUUAUAUCUCGUGCCAGGCUUCGCAAGCUUUGUUGCUCGAAUUGGCUGGAUUGUCUUCGUGUACCAACCCCAGUUUCAGAUCAACGUUAUGGGCAAACCGAAACUUGCGCUACAAGUUCCGGUAGAAUACACAAUCGUCGUCUUCGCGGACGGCGCAUCAGAUUCCCUCCUUCACGGAUCGCUGUCAUUCAGCAAUGUGCCAACACAAUGCGAUUUUCAAAUUGCGCUCGCAAGAGUUGGACGAUUGGAGAAGGGCAAAAAGAUGAAACCUGAUAGUGCCUCAAGGACGCUGAUGGGCGAGCUUGGCCUCAUAGGAUCGCAGAAAGAGCAGAAACGGGAGCAAUUCGACUACGAGACUGCUGAGAAGUUGUGUGUUUGUUCCGUUGGUCCACCGCAAGAGAGCUCUGGAUCAAAGACAGCGAAGUGCGAGUUCAGUCUGCACAUUCCGUCAUACCUUCCUGCGACGGCAAUGCUUCCAUCCGUCAACAUCUCCUAUGCUAUCUUUGCAACUUGCAUUCUCCCGGAUAGGAAGGUCUUGCAGACAAGCCAGGAUCUACGCAUCGUCCGCGAAACUGUUGAGCCAAUACGGCUGGAACCAUCACGAACAGUGUAUUUCCCAGACACAUCCUUCGCUGUGCGCGCCAACUUCGAUCCCCCCACCUUCAGCUCCAAGAAUACCACAAUCUCAACGACAUUGCAGCUCUAUGGCCUCAGUUUGCCCAUCACAAAUUCUAUGCGCUUCACUGAAACGCGUUGGCUCGUGCCCCGCGAAAUCCGCUGGGUACUGGAGGAGACCGCUGUGAUUGUCACCGGCUGCCCAGAUACGACCGGUCACCUGCCCAUGUCCAGCGCGCAACGCAUCCUGAAGAGGCGCAAACUCGCAACCGGGAGAGAGAAAUUGAAGCUCAGAUACCCAUUCACGCGGCGUGGAAAUACGCCUGUUAGCAUGCAUUCCGAUGGCUCCGGAUUUUCGGUCCCACUCACUGUCUCGGGACCAAAAGAUCUCUCCCUUGACGCCAGCACUGCACUUUCAGUAGCAGGCGGACACAUUUUACAUGCCAUCCUUGACGAAUCCAAUAGUGACCUGAAUGAGCUACAGUGGAGGUUCGCAGUCUAUCUUGAGUGUGGACUGCACAUUUGGCUGCGCAUCGGAGAAGACGUGUUUGAUGAAGCAUCGGGUAAUCUGGUAAACAGGAAGAUGGAUGAGAUGGCGUACACCAUUGUUUGUCCUUUAACCACGUCUCGGACAGUGACUGGGCAGCAUGACCGAGGUGAUCAAGACGAGCCGGUGCCGAUGAUACCCCCGAGUUAUGAUCAGGUUUGGGAACAGCCGCCGCCUGAGUACGCAACGCCUGAGGGAUUUACGGCAGCUGAAGCGCACACGACGAACAGCUUAGUGCCCCAGGACUUACUGGGCUGA